UUCCGUUGAGGUGACGUGUCUGUCUGUGUUUCAUUGGGUGGAAGCUGGUGUCGGUCUCUUUCUCAGGUUUUGAGUGAGUUGAGGUGAAUUCAACAGCCCAGGGAUCAACAUGAUGCGAGUUAUAACAGCUAUUUUGGCUCUUUGUCUGAGCUUUUGUGCAGCUGAGACUUGCACAGACCCAGUCAUUUCUCCGUCUUCAUACACGACCACAGACGCGCUCAUCUCCUCCGAGACCGUGUUCAUCGUUGAACUAAGUCUGGCCUGUGCAAACGGAGCUCAGAGUGUUGCCCUCUAUGCGGAUGUCAAUGGCAAACAGUUUCCUGUGACCAGAGGCCAAGAUGUUGGCAAAUACCAGGUUUCAUGGAGUGUUCCUCAUAAGCAGGCCAGCUCUGGCACAUAUCAGGUCAAAUUCUUUGACGAGGAGUCUUACAGCACUCUAAGAAAGGCUCAGAGAAACAAUGAAGAUGUUGAUUCUAUCAAGCCUUUGUUCUCUGUCAAUGUGGAUCACAGGGGUGCAUGGAGUGGUCCCUGGGUGUCCACGGAGGUCUUGGCUGCUCUGAUUGGCAUUGUGGUCUACUACCUGGCCUACAGCACCAAAAGUGCUAUCCAAGCUUGAGAUGAGAAGAAAAGUCCAUUUUCCACCAUACUGGUCACACUGAUCUUCAGGCAUUCCUCAUUCUGCCAUUUUAAUAUGCAGAGUUUAGUGCCAUGGACACCUUGGCUGAAACAAGAGAUUGGUUUGUUGUAGAGCUUGAGUGAAAGUAUCGGUAUGAACAAUAAUUAUAUCAGCCAAAGUGGUGUUUUUUUUUUUUUUCCUAACAGACACUGUCAAGAAUAAGACUUAAUAUUUUUCAUCUAUGCUAUCAAUAUUAAACCUCAAAGGUCAAAAACUGAGGUGAUUUAUCUGUGACGCAUCAUCAUAGUCCAGUUCUGUAUUUUGAAAUGUCUCAAAUAUCAAUGAAAUUCAUUGAAUAUGGGAAUAAACAACUUUUCUGAAAGUU